AUGGAAAGGAGGAUGAUCAGAUUACGUAUGCUGGACCGAUGGAGCUGUGAAAGGAUCAGAGCACUCACGAAAGUUAGAGACUGGAUAAACGAGGCUUCAAGAAGAAAACUCAUAUGGGCUAGAAAGAUACGUGAAAUGGACGAAAACGUAUGGGCUCGCGUGAUCACGACAUGGAUUCCAUAUGACUACGUGGACCGAAGAAGGAGAGGACACCCUUGUAUACGAUGGCGCAAUGAAUUGUCGAAGAAGAUCGGAAAAACGUGGUGGAGUAUGACGAAGGAACAGUUCAAUGAGGCCAUGAUACGGCAUUCGAAUAUGAGUUGA